AUGCAGCCUCACCUCCGCAAGCUCCGUAAGCUGAAGCGCGGCAAGCCCAGCGACCUCGAGGAGAGCGUCGCGAAGGCGCUGUUCGAGCUGGAGGCGUCGCACAAGACACUGCGUCAGGAGCUGCCGCGCUUCCACGUGAACACUGUGCGCGAGGUCAAGGUGCCGCGCUCGAAGAAGACCGUGCUGGUCAUCUUCUACCCCCUGCGCUUUCUGAUGCUGGUGCGCAAGGUCCAGCGCGCGCUCACCUCCGAGCUGGAGAAGCGCCACCCGGGCUACCUGGUGAUGCUGGUUGCGCAGCGCAAGAUCACGAAGCGCCCGACGGACGUGUACAAGUUGCAGAAGGUGCAGCGCUCGAAGACGAGCACGGCGGUGUUCGAGAACAUUCUGAGCGACAUGAUCUACCCGAGCGACGUGGUGGGCCGCCGCUGGCGCUACCGCACGGACGGGAGCAAGCUGAUGAAGGUGUUCCUGGACACCCGCGACCGCAAGCGCAUCGAGUCCCGCCUUCGCGCUGUGGCGUACGUGUACAAGCAGCUGACGCACCGCCGCGUGUCGUUCGGCUUCAUGUGGAACCCGAAGCUGCAGCAGGUGUCGACCCGGUAA